AUGUAUAAUUUCACUUUAUACCGAGCUGACAUCGCUAAAGAAAGAAGAGAACGAGCCAAUAGUCGAUUAUGUCAUAUAGUAAUUUGCGACAGCAUUACAAAAUGCCGAGGAAGCUAUCAGCAACGCAUUGUUAAUCGCAAUGGUUUUGAAAGGCUUACCGAGGGAAUACGACACGUUUGCCAUGGUAGUUGUGCAAAGCGAGAAACAAAUGACUUUCGCCGAAUUCAAGAACGUGUUGCGAAGCCACAAGGAAAGCGCAAAGGCACAUGGUGGGAAGGCUGCCAGCGCGGGGGAGAAUAUCAUGUUAAUGAAGCAAAAGUUCGACUUCAGAGUGUUGGUCGAAGACAUCGGAAAGAUGGUGUAGCAACUGUAAGAGUAAAACCCACGAGACAAAGAAUUGCCGGAAGAAAGAUGCGUUGAAGACAGCAGCCGAGAAGACAACGUCAAGUGAGAACAAUGAACAUAAGUUUGCCUUUACAUGCAAGGACACAAUUAAUAAAUCAGGUAUAAAUAAUAAGAGUAAUUCUAGUUUAUUAGUCAAUACUGGAGCCACAAGUCACAUUAUAAAUGACAAAUCAAAAUUUGUGGACUUUGAUGAAGAAUUUAAUCCUAGUGCGCAUGUCAUAGAACUCGCUGAUGGCAGUAAAGCCAAUGUAGUAUUAGGAAAAGGAAAUGCCAAAGUUAACUUUAUGACGUCAAUGGUAAUGCACAUGAAGUAAUGUUAAAUAGCACAUUGUAUGUUCUGUUCUAUGAUCAAAAUAUUUUUUCAGUGCAUGCUGCGAUAGAAAGGGGGGCCAGUAUUAGUUUAGAUAAGCAGCUGAAACAGCUCAAAUGUCCUGAUGGCACAACAUUUGGAAUGGAACAAAAAGGUAGGUUAUAUUAUUUAAAUAGUAUUUCAUCCGCUAAGAAUAGUGCAUGUUCUUUGCAUGAAUGGCAUAAAAUCCUUGGUCACUGUAAUUAAGGUGAUAUUCAGAAAUUGGAAAAUAUUGUAGAGGGGAUGAAUAUUUCCAACUAUGAUGAAGUAGAGUGUAAAGUUUGCACUAAAGGUAAGAUUUGCCAAUUUAGGAAUAGAUCCCCAGAUGAAAGGGCAACUGCUCCUUUAGAUUUUGUGCAUUGUGACCUGGCUAGUCCUAUUGAUCCUGUAGGAAGAGAUGGCUUUAAGUAUGCUUUGUCAUUCGUUGAUGAUUAUUCAGGGAUUAUUAUGGUCUAUUUUCCCUGAGCCGGCAGCAUGAAGCGCCGUGCGAGGGUACUAAUCCCCCCCGGCUAUUUACACCCGGGGAAACGAAAGGAUUAGCAAAGUCUAAAGUUCAUCAAUGAGCGUGGGCGUCAGUCACCAACGAUGGGUGGUCAUCCUCACUGAUCUCAAAAAUAUGGCGGACUGUCAUGAAUAACGGACACUGAUUGGUCCAAUUUAAAGUUUGCAUUAUAACGGCUGCAUGACGACAGCGAAAUAGCAAACAUUUCUUGAUUUGAUGAGUUGAUGAUUGAUAAAUUUCUUGCAAAUAUUCUUCAUUUUUGCUCGUAUUUCUGCAAGAUUUUGUACAUUUCAAGAAAGAAAGGGCGAAAGAAUCAGCUAAACGAAGGGAGCCGACGUUAACGAAGGUAUGUUUGUUUUAAAUAUUGAUUUUAUAAUGGCUUUAAAACCCGACAGCCUUUGCGUAUAUGAAACAACUAAACAAGACAGCAUAUAAUUUCAGUGUAUCUUUUUGAUUCCCUUUUUUAUUAUAUUGAAUUUUUUAAAUAAAAAAUAAAGUAAAGUUAUUUGCAAGCGAGAAUUUGAAAUCAUUUUAUUGCAAACUCAAAGUUUAUCGAUAAAGCCAUUUAAUAGUUAAAGGCAGUUUAGUUUUAUAAAGAACACUUUAAAACGUUUUGUGAAUUGUUUCUGGUUGAAUUUUACCUUAAAUUGAAGCUUGUAUUACGUAUAAUUACAUACCUAACAUUAAUAUGUUGGGAAAUUGAUAAUUUUGUAAUUAAAAGUGAUAUUUUUAGGCGAUUUUCAUUUGUAAGAAUAUUCUUAAAAAAUUAUUGUGUUACCAUGACAACUACUUUAGAUACUUCAUGCUUGGAAAAUACAACGAUUUUGUCAGCAAGGCGAGGGUUUCUGCAUGCAUGUAUUUUCUAGUCUAAAAUGUAAGAGUGAUUCCCCAGAAGCAUUACAGCAAUUUUUGGCUGAUGCUGCUCCUUUUGGGAGGGUUAAGCGUGUCAGGAGUGACAAUGGCACAGAAUUCACUAGUCGUAAAUUCAAAUCUAUUCUUCGAGAAAAUAGGAUAAGGCACGAGAUGUUUGUUGCUUGAGGCAAACUUGCCAAAGUCCAUAUGGACUUAUGCUGUUAUGGCAGCAGCCUACAUCAGAAAUUGUUGCUUCAAUACGAGAUUGGGGGUACCCUGACAUUUUGCCGAAAGACACUUUGCCAAACAGACAUUUUGCCGACAGUCAUUUUGCCGAACGGACGUUUUGCCGAAUGGAAUUUUGCGGAACAGACAUUUUGCCGAACGGACAGUUUGCCGAAAGGACAACUUGUCGAAAAUAAAGAUGUUAUUUCUUCAAAAUAUUUGGCGCUGUGACUCAUUUUCUCAACUGUGUAAUUCUCAAACAUUGUGCAAAAUAACCAUUAUAUGGUCAAAAGCAGUGCAUAAUGGUUGUUAGCAGUGCACAAUGGUCAUUAGCAGUGCAUAAUGGUUGUUAGCAGUGCAUAACCAUAUUGACUAUUGGUAGCUUGUUUGUGCAGUGGAUGAUUCAUUUUUGUUAGGAACGUGUUUUGAUAUCACAUUGUAAACAAACAAGCAUAUAUAAAGAUGACGUAAGCGAAUUUCACUUCGAGAAUCAUAGAAUACAUUCACAUGCAGUUAUCGGGGCAAUCACAUUCAUGAAUGAUGUUUAAUGAUGUUAUUCUUUAUAUCGCGAAUUUUCUGUAAACUUGUCAAAAACGUGAAUGAAUAUAAAACGAAACUAUACUUCACUAUCAAAGUCUCUGUCAUCAAAAUCGACAAUUAAUGACUUUAAUCACAGAAACUAUGAUCGUGUAAGCGAAUCUUUAAAGUUCAGAAGAUAUCUCUAUUUUCAGCAAACUGUCCGUUCGUCAAACUGUCCGUUUGCCAAAAUGUCCAUUCGUCAAAACGUCCGUUUGCCAAAACGUCCGUUUGGCAAAAUGUCUAUUCGGCAAAGUGCCUUUCGGCAAAGUGUCUUUCGGCAAAAUGUCCGACCACCGAGAUUGAGCAAAACUCCUUGUGAGGUAUUUACAGGGUCUAAAUGUCUUUGGUUCCGUUCGUUACACAUAUGUGCAAAAUGCAAAGAAAUUGGAUCCUAGAAGUAAACAGGGUAUAUUUGUGGGAUAUGAUAAAAGAAGUCUGCAUAUCUUGUCUUUUAUCCUGAUUCCAAUAAGAUUGAACGUGUAAGGUGUGUGAAAUUUUUCAACAAGAGCAACCAUGAAUCCAAGGUUGAUCCUGACGAACAGGAAGGGGAAUUUCUGCCCUGUAAAGUGUCUGUACCUAUUGCCAAUGAGAGUGCAAUAUCAACACAAGGGGAUGAAAGUGCAAAUGGCACUGAAAGUGUACAUGAUGAAGUACGGUAUCCUAGUUGAACUCGUACUAAGCCAACAUAUUUGAACGAAUAUGUAACUGGUAAGGUUGUUGAUGAUGCAGCAACAUGUGCAGUUGAUUAUUGCUAUAGAACCCAAGCAGUACAUUCUCCUGAAAGGAAUAAAUGGGAAAAAGCCAUGGAUGAUGAAAUUGAGGCCUUAGAGGGCAAUGAAACUUUCGAGUUGGUCCCACCCCCAAAGGGCCGUGAGGUAGUGGGGGGGGGGAAUGGGUGUAUACCGUUAAGACAGGACCAGAUAAGGCUGAAACAUACAAAGCUCGUUAUGUAGCAAAAGGCUACUCGCAGAUUCCUGGUAUUGAUUACCAUGAAACCUUUUCCCCAACCGCUCGGAUGAGCUCUAUUCGUGUUUUAUUACAGCAGGCAAUUCAGAAUAAUAUGCUUGUUCAUCAGAUGGACGUAAAAACAGCCUAUUUAAAUGCCCCAAUAGACUGUGAGAUUUUCAUAGAACAGCCAAAAGGCUACGAAAGGGUAGGACAAAAUGGUGAGAGGUUGGUGUGCAAAUUAAAUACGUCUUUGUACGGUCUUAAGCAGAGUGGACGCAAUUGGAACAACAUGCUACAUGAUUACCUUAUGAAGGAGAGCUUCACUCAAUCACUUGCUGACCCAUGUGUUUACAUUAGAAAUGGUGGUACAAAUGAAUGUACAAUUAUCAUCAUUUGGGACCUUGGGUUGAUGAUCUCAUAAUUUCCGCUAGCCAUGAAAUUCUUUUGCAGAGUGUGAAAGAUUCUUUAAGUAAUAAAUUUAGAAUGAAGGACCUAGGGGUAUUGUCAUGGUUCCUAGGCACAGAAUUCAAGUGUUCUGAAGGUGCAAUUGAAAUGAGCCAAAAGCAAUAUAUUGAGAAAUUGCUGUUAAGGUUUGGCAUGGCAGAAUGCAAGCCAAAGGUGACCCCAACGGUACUAGGUUUAGAUAAGGUUGUGGAUACGAAAUCACCUGAAUUGAAAGAUCCAACUCUUUAUAGAGCGAUAGUUGGGAGCUUAAUAGAUGUGAUGACAGGUACAAGGCCUGAUUUGUGUUAUAUAUAGUCACUAAGCUUUCCCAAAACAUGUCGAAAUCCACUGAAGCUAACCUUAUUGCUACAAAGUUCUAAGGUAUUUGAAAGGCACAAUUGAGCAGAGAUUCAGGAAAUCUGAGAGCACUCUAAAACUUGUUGGGUUUCGUGACUCAGAUUGGGGAGGCAAUGUUUGUGACAGGUAUUCAGUUGUUGGACGAGGGUCCUUUCAUUUCUUGGAGAAGUCGAAAACAGCCAACUGUGUUGCACUGUGCACAUGUGAGGCAGAGUAUAUGGCACUGACAGAUGCAGUGCAGGAAGCCAAGUUCUUAAAGCAGUUGUGUGUUGAUCUAAAUAUUGUUCAGGUAAGUUAUAGUGUUCUGGCUCUCUCCUCCGCAGAGGUUUCAAUGAACUUUACAUGGCGUUUACCAUUUUGAACCGCUGUCUGAAAGAUGCGCAGGUGGAGACGGGGAAAGCAGCAAGCCAAACCUCUGCCAGAAGUCAGUCGAAAAAGUGCUAAAUUGGUCCUCAAAACAAUACUUCACCAAAAAUAAAGAUUGCAGAAGAUUCAUUUCUGCCUUUUGCCAAGUUAAUAUGAUCAGGUACAAACACUACGUACUAGAUGUCCAAAAGGUAAAACCAAUAAAGUUGUCAAAUAACUUUGCAUGCAUGGUCUUUUCAACAGCAUGUAGACAUUCGAACUUCGAAGCCUCUGCCAAACCAGUUCUUUUUCAGUUGAAGUAUAAGCAAUCAAAGUGCAAACACAUAUUAAAACUGAUCAGCAAAGUGUCCAGCUAACAUAUAGAUAAUUGUUGAACAUAGUUGGAAAGAAAAACCCCUCUUUUUACGUUUUAAAAUGAACUUCAAGAUGAACUUCGCAUAGCCACAUGCACUUCGAAAGUUCAAAACAACAAAUGAGAACAACGCGCAUGAUGGACACAUGAUUAGACUUAUUGUUGCCGCUGACCAAUAGAAUAGCUCCGUGCUGUCAUGUGCUCUAGUUCCCUUUGAAUUUAGCGAGGGCAUGUUCGGUAUAGGGAGGUGUCAGUUUGAAAAAGGUUUUUGGUCAAAACUUUCAUUCAUAUAUAAGCAUCUUCAUUGCAAAACAAUAGUUGAUGGUUUCGGCAAUUAUUUAUACUACCCCCCUCCCCAAUUAAAAGCAUGGAGGGUGCAUCACAUCCAUCACCUUUUUCACUUUUUACAUCAGACCUUAGGCAUAUCACUAUCAAUCCAGGAUGAAUUGGAGUAAAGUGCAAGAGGAAGUUCUAACAUUUGCAAUGUUGGGGCAUAACCUUUGCAUACUUGGUAAAUCAGGUUAGUGGACAUGCAUAACCAUAUAGUAUAAAUACGCUGAUUUUGAAAUAAUUAUUUGUGUUGUUUUUGUACUAUGUAAAAGACGAGCUGGAUUAACGCUAUACUGCAAGUUUUGAAUGGCUUCAAACAUGAAAAUAAUAGAUGCCGUAUCAUUAGGAUUAGCAUUGUAUAAAGAAUACUAAAGAGAAUGAGUUUUCUCAGGUAUAAAACCACUGCACAUGGUGCAUAUAUAUAUUAUGGUUGACAUGCUUUGCCAAAAAGCUUAUGAAUGAUUAAUGAUUGUUUGAAAUGGUGUUUUGUAGGUGCAGCUAAACACCGCGGAACUACCUGCAUCGCUUGUCAUUCAAAGAUCUCUUGAAUGCCAGAAUGUUGUGAACCAAAUAAAAUCCUUGGACGUUUUGAUAUGAGACGAAAUUUCAAUGUCAAGUAUGCGUCUUCUCAACAUUGUCAAUCUGCUCCAACAGAACAUCCAUAACAAUACACUGCCCUUUGGUGGAAUUCUGGUUAUCCUGUCUGGCGAUUUUCAUCAGUUAAAACCAAUCCCAGAUGUCCUAGACUCUGGCGAUCCAGUUUACAAGUCCAUCAUUUUUGAUAAGGUCUUCCCACAUCGAAUUGCUUUGACCAGAAUAAUGAGGCAAGGUGAGGGAGAAAUGCGAUUGAAGGAUGCUCUUGAUUCAAUAAGGUUAGGUAAAUGUGACGAUGAAACCGAGGUAUAUCUUUGUGGAUUAUCUAGAAGUUGUACGGGAACUGGCGACACACCACAUAUUCAUAUUUAUUUUACGAAGCUACCUGUAGCUGUCCAUAACUCAUAUAUGCUAAUAAACCUUCCUGGUCAAGUGCUGAAAUUCGAAAGUACUGACACUGGCCACAAAAUACUACUUAAAGACACUUUCGCCGAAAUUUUAAUGCUAAAACCUGGAUGUAAAGUAAUGCUGUUGUUCAACAUAAAUGAUGAUUUGAAGAAUGGAACAUUCGGUACUUUCAUUAAUUCAAGUAACAGCAAUAGUCUUCAAGUUGAAUUUCCAAAUGUUGGAAUAGUAACCCUGCAGUGCAAAACAUGGUAUAAGUAUGAUCAUGCUGGGCAUGUUCAAGCUAGCCGUAUGCAGUUUCCUCUACGUCCGUCCUAUGCAAUUAUGGUUCACAAAGCACAGAAUACUACAUUAGACAGUGUUGUUGUGCAUUGUAGUCAAGAAUUUGAUUCCGGUCAAACGUAUGUAGCAUUAUUGAGGGUAAGGAGUGAAGACAACUUCCAAGUGAUUGGAUUUCAGAAACGAUAUCUUCUCCCACCACCACCAGAAAUUGCCCAAAUUGCUACUACUCGGCAUGGCAACCCUGUCGAAACAUUUAAAUGCUGUUCAAACGUAGAAUUGGACAGAGAGAAUUACAAGUUAGAUUGUAAUAAUCAAUAUGAAGAUCAUAGCGAAUUCUUUGAUAACGACAUAGCAACUGAAGAAGAAAUUGCGAAACAAUGUUUCGAGGCAAAUCAAGGGAAUGCAGUCGAUUUAGAUGGAAUUUUGCACUCUAUGACUGAUGAUGCCAGUGAUACUUGGUUAAUCUCCCCUCCAUCUGAAUUUUCCAUAAAGACAUUUUUGGGGUCAUUGAAGAAUGAUUCAAAUACAGACAAAAUGAGUGAACUCAUAAAGGAGCAGCAAAUUAUGCCUUAG